CUGUUCUUCAGAGAUGGAUGACCUGGAUAGGACGAUCCUGAUUGACAUCAUGUGGAGGGAUGCACUUGGUAUUCCUUCGAGGAGGAGGAGCCCGUCUGAGGAGGACCAGCUGUUUGAGGAACUGAUGGAAGAGGGACAACUGGAUGAGGAGAGGCUUCGUUUGAUAGAUGAGAGCUUGCGGGCGGCCGAGGAGGAGCUGCGGCUACUGAGAGAGGAGACGGAGCGUAUGGAAGAGGCCCCUCUGAUGUUCUUUGAGGAGCCUAGGAAGCAUGUUUGGCUUCAGUCCCCUGCAGCCUCCCCCCCUGAGACCUUUCUCCCGGACACCCAGGCAGAGUUUAGGGCAAUGCACCAGACAGACAGAG